AUGUUGGAUAAAAAAAUUAAAAUUCGUGGCUUAAUAUUUUUACUUAGUGCUAUUGAAGGAGCUUUAGCUGUAUGGUCUAUGUUAGCUACAGUAUCAUAUAAACUUUCAACCAAAUAUAACACAAUAUCAAUUGUAUUAACAACAAUUAUUGUAAUAUCUGUUAUUGUUUUAUGUCUAGCUGCAAUUUUUCAACUUAGAAAAGAAUAUUUAAGUAUUAUUUACACAUUAUUAAGUUUAUCAAUUUUAACAACUAUUCUCAAUGUUAUUCACAGUGUUGUCAUACCAAUUGAAGAGUGUAAAUACCUUGUGCUAUCAUUAAGUUUAGCAGCCGCUUUUGAUGGUGUUAUCUGUAUUGUUGCUGCAUCUGUACUAAGAUAUUAUUAUAAAAUUCCUAUUCCUACUGACAAGUGGUAUUGUAAUACCACAUGGCCAAAUUAA